ACUAUCACUUCAAUGAUACCGGUUAAAAUUCCAAUUCUUUCUACUUGGGCCUUCACCUAUAAUUGACAAUGUUGUUGCUAAUUUUUCUUGUAUUCUUACUUCUUUUCAUUCUUAUAAGAAUAUUUGUCAAUAGAAAAUCCGAGAGUUUAGCUUGUUUGGUUGGUAAAACUGCUUUGGUUACUGGUGGAAACUCCGGUUUGGGAUAUGCUACAAGUUUCCUCUUAGCCUCAAGAGGAUGCAGAGUUAUCAUAGCAGAUCAAAACAAUUCUGACAAAACCGUUGAGGAAAUUAAAAAAAUCACUGGCAACCAACAAAUCAUCUAUAAACACUUGGACCUAUCUUCUCUUAAGUCAACUAGAGAAUUCGCAAAAGAACUGAAGAAAACAGAGACUAAAAUCGACAUACUCAUCAACAAUGCAGGUACUGGAAACAGUGAUAAAUUAAAGACUAACGAUGACUUGAACACUAUAAUGCAAAUCAAUUAUUUCGGAGCUUUUCUUCUGACGCAUCUUCUACUAGAUCUGUUGAGGGCUGCUGAAUCACCCAGAGUUAUAUUCAUGGGUUCAAUCUCCAUCUUCUUCAACAACCUCACAAUGAAAAAUCUGAACUACAUAAAGCAUGAUAAAACCACCUGGAGGAAAGACCUAUAUAGCAAUUCUAAACUUUGCGAUGUCCUUGCAGCUCAGGAGUUCUCCAAAAAACUCAAAAGAUUCGACAUAAUGGUCAAUUCUGUCGAUCCGGGAGCUGUCAACACCAAUAUUUUCUCAAGUUCUUUAGCCAUCACACCAAGUUUGUGGUUCAGGUUUAUAACAACCUUCAGUCUGUGGAUUAUUGGAACUGACUCCUUCGGUGGUGCACAAACAAUAUUCGAUGUAGCAACAAACCCCAAAUUAGCAUCACAAACUGGAAAGCAUUACAGCUAUUUGAUGCAGUGGUUCAAACCUUCGAUUUUGGGCAGUCAGAAGUUCUGCGAUGAUGUGUGGAAGAAAACUGAAGAAUUGGUCAAACUAUCACCUGAAGAAAAAAUACCAAAUUGAUUAGUCAACUAUGUGUCUAGUCUUACUAGGAGGAAAGAAAUGAUUUGAAACCAACAUCAGCAAUACUGUGAGCGUAUCGACCAAUACCAUACCAGAUUUUAUUAUAUGCUCUCUAAUUGAAUUUUUUGGGUACGAGAAGGCCCCUCUGUGGUAUCCCAAUGAUACAUGAAUAAAUUCCUAUGGUGAUUCCAUUCGAAAUA